UCCUGCCACCUCAGAACCAUGGAGCCCACUGAAAUACCUGCUGUGUCCUGCUGCCCCUGUGACUCUAUGGCUGGGAGUAAGAUUGGAGCCCCGUGGGAGAUUGAUCCGAGCCCCAGAAGAGCUAUGCGUCGCUGUGACUGCCGCUACGACUGUGGCACCUUUCACCAAAUCCAGGACCAGGAGCCCUUCUGCCUCUUCCAGGCCCACGAGUGCCGCAAGUGUACCCUCUUCUCGGAGCAGUGCAAGACCCUGCCUGCCGAGGAUGCCUUGAAGAUGGAGCUGGGGUCAAAUCUAAAGAGCCAAGGACCGAUAAGGAAUGGGCUUGCCUCUUCCCACAGCUCACGGCCCUGUCCGAAGUUGACGGUCGAACCAGGAAUCGUCACCAAGCGCCCAAGCAGCGCUGCUGCUGAGUCUCUCCCCAAGAUCUUUGUCUCUGCCCUGGAUGCCAGCACCCUUGAAGAAGCAACGAACAAUUUCUCUUUCCAAGAGGACCCACAGGCCCCCUUCCCUGCCCAGCACGAUCCCAAAGCUUCUGACCAGGACUCUGCCUCUUCAGAGUGGCAGCGGAAGCUGGAGGCAGCUGAGGCUCUGUUGUGUCUGAGAGCCUCUUUCCAGGCCCCUGCCGGCUCUGUCUCCUUGCUCGAGCCCUGUGUCGCACCAGCUCCUGCUGGAGAUAGAGAGCUCCAGCCUCCUAGUCCCUCUCUCAACCUGCCAGCCAGCUCCGUUUCUCUGCCUAUUGAACACCCGGGGUGCAUCUCCCUGUUGAGCUAGAAGCCCAGAGCACACCGGGCUCCCUAGCAUACUGCCUAUUUUGUGUCCUACUUACGAGUUUGCAAAGUGUUUAAAGUCUAACAUGUUUAACGUCUUUUUAUUUUCUUUAAGCUUUCAGGUGCUUUUAUAAGUUCUCAGAUCCUUUUUAUGAUGUGGGGCAGUUCCUUGGCUGAAGGUGGAUAUCCUUUGCACCUCCAUCCCCAACU